AUGCGGCAGCAGCAGCAGCGGGCUCCGGUGUCCGCGCCUCCGCGUGGUACCUGGGCUGGCGCUCGGGCCCGCAAAGCGUGGAACGACCGAACGCUCGUAUCCGCCGCCUUCGUCACGAGUAGUUUUUCUAGUCGUCGUCGUCGUCGUCGUUGUCAGUACUAUGGUCAAACUGAACCCUUGUGCUUAUCGCUGCUGCGACGCAUCGACUGCCCGCACUGGGAAGCGUGCGCCGGCUGCACGCUACAAGACGCGACAGCGCAAGCAAGACCACCUAUUUUCGAGCAAGUUGCAACGUUCUUCGCUGAAACCUUCGGAUACCAGUUACCUGAGCCAGUGGUUGCGUCGAGUUCUCAUCACUGGCGAACACUGGCCAAGCUCGCGGUUCGAUGUGCACCAAAAACGCCCCACCAGAACAGGGUGGACAAAGUGCGCAGCUGGGCGCCACAAUUGGGCCUGUUUCGAGCAGGUACUCAUGAGGUCGUCGCGAUACCCGAGUGCCAAGUACAUCACGCUGCCCUGAACAAGGCGUUCAAGUGCUUGGAAUGCGUUCUUGCCCGUUCCGCUGUAGCAAUCUACGAUGAGCGUCGACCCCGGCUGGAGUCGCUGCGCUACGUUCAGCUGGCCGUUGAACGCCGAACCGGCCGGGUGCAGCUGGUACUUGUCGGGUAUCGGGAGCCGACCAGCCAGCCGGUUGCACCAUCCCGACGGCGCACUGAUGCCAGCUUGCUGACACCCACCUGGCGAAUGCUCUGCGACCAGCUCUGGGAAGAGGGCAAGCGCUUCGGAUCCAAGCAGCAGUUGUGGCAUUCGAUAUGGGUGCAUAUGCACGCUGGGCGAGGCAAUGCCAUUUUUGCAUCGGCACAUGAAGCGAGCCAAACGGAGACCGCCCAGUGGCAACAGGUGUACGGUGACGCGCCGUUUAUCAUCGACGAACCUCUGGCUGGUGAACCAGGCCCGGUGAUGGUGCUCCCACCGUUCGCUUUCCAGCAGGCGAAUCUGACUGCUUACCGGGCGAUGUUACCGCUGAUCGGAUUCUGGUGUAUGCAGCCGCUGCCUAGCAGUGUCCAGCGACGCUGCAACGUUGCCGCGAUGACCAGUCAGCCACAAGUCGGUACCGUGGCAUCCAGGUCGAUGCCAGUGCUCCGAAUCGCCGAGUUCUGUGCGGGAGUCGGCUCGAUUGGGCUCAGCGUUGUACGGCAAAUGCAACAAUUGCCGAAUGCUCCUGCACACAUCUACCUCUGGGCGAGCGAUAUUCAUCCGGGUGGCCAGGUUGCGUUCUGGGAAACAGCACGCCGUAAUGGCCUUCUUGACGAACGGGUGAGGUCCGCACUCGAGCUGCGCUACCAAGUCGGGUCGCUGACGGCACUCGCACAGCGCGUCCAUGACCCGAAGGUUGCGGCUUCGAUCGUGAUUGCGGACCCACCGCGUGCAGGUCUCGGACCAGUGUUCAUCAGUGAGGUGCUGGGCAAAGCGUUGACUCCGUCCGCCACUGAUGAUGCUGCAUCGAGUCGUCUGGAGCGCUUUAUCUACGUGAGCUGUUCGAUGUCAUCGUUCAUGCGGGAUGUGCGACAACUGGUUUCUUUCGCACCGAAUGAUCGCAACAGAGACGCUUCUGAGCCGACGGUGUGCUGGACGUUACGUCACGCCCAACCGUAUUUGUUUUUUCCUGGUGCAGAUCACUUGGAAAUGGUAGCUGUGUUUGACCGACAGGUUCGAGGACGUUGUCGGAUGUCGUAA